AUGACUUUAGAAGAGGAACAUUAUCUAAGCAAUACUCCAGUUGACGUAGCUAUUAAGGCUCUUCAAACACAAGUAGAGCAAUUGAAACGAAUAGUCAACAAUAAAAAUACAAAAGAACAAGAUAGUAGCAAUAAUACCAGCAAUGAAGCAGAAGUUCAAAGCUUAAAGAAAGAAAUACAAGAACUUAAGACAGCCAAUGAUAAAGCAGAAUAUAGAAUUAAAAUGCUGUUACGUGCGUUAGAAGAAAGAGAUAAUAAAUAA